UUUUUUCUCUCUCAUCAAUGGAAGCAGCUGGAACUGCACUAGUGGCAACAGAAGUAAUCACUGAGCAACGCUCAAAUGAAAAGGAAGAUUUGGUUCUCAGACUUCGUUCUACACCAGCCGAUGAUGGGCCGCGAGUGACGUGGGCUCCAGAUGUUGUAGAUAACGAACAUCUUGGUCGUUUGAAGUCCAACUGUUGUUGUAUCUAUACUCGACCUCGCGUCUGGGAUGAUCCCAGCACCUGGGAGCAGGAUGAGGCAGAGACGGAACAUUGCCGCGGCCAUACCCUACCACCACCUCCACCACCGUCACUACAUAAGAAAGACGAUGUCGAAGACAAUGCUGCUGAUGUGAAUGGAUCGAGUAGUGAAUAAGAAACUUUGUGAAUAAAAGCGAAUGCAGUUUUCCCAAUAUGGAUAACAAAGUCGAUAAUGAACAUUGUACAUGUA